GAGGAUUGUGGGACGCGUAGUCAGUUACGCUGUUGGGUUUUUAUGUUGCUGAUGAACUGUUUCACGACAAAAAACUCAGUUUCCCGUCAGGCCCCGCGAGCGCCUUGUCAGUAGUGGGUUUGUUUGAGAAGGGAUAGGCCCGGAACUAGAGCGGGCCAUUUAAUAUUGUAAUAGAGUUUGUUGCGGGUUUGCGCUGUGUGAAGGCGGCCGCGGGGACAACAGAUUUGAAUAUCACUGAUCAGCAUGCCAUUCCAGCUUACUCCUCUGACCACAACAUAAGUGAACAUGCCAGAAAUACCUUCAUAUUCUGAUUUUACCGGAGAGGCCCGUUUUAUGGCACAGUACGUGUCCAAUAUGGCACACGCCGGUGUCUUUUUAACCAGUUCUGUUCCAAACACAGAGCCUGAUCCAGACUUCCACAUGAUACAGUCAUUAAACAGCCUCCCUGGGUUCAUCAUACCUCCCCACAUCAGAGACCGUUUACUAAAUGAGGAUUCCCUUGAGGAGGACGACUGCACAAUCUCAGGGGAGCAGGACUCUAAUCUUAUAUGUGAUCAGACGGCGGUUGAUCCUGGGGAAGAUUCUGUGGUUAAUUGGGAAGAGAACGAAACUGGGACAAAAGUCAUGGAAAGCAACUGCAGGCAAGACCUGAACGACCCUCUUUUGAAGAAGCUCGAGCAGUUGAAGGAAUUGCAACAGCAGAAACAAGAUCAACUGAAACGACAGCAAAUGGAGCAACUGCAAAAGCUUAUGGAGGAGCAGAAGAUGCUGCUUAACAUGGUGUCCCGGCAGGCUGCAUAUAUGGAACUAGAACCUCAGAAUCCCACCUUUGACAACAAUGACGGAUUUGCACCCUUAAGAGAAAAUGUUGCCUUUACAUCUGAAGUCUUCCAGGAUAAUCCUGUAGCUGGCAUUUAUAGUCCGGAUGAUUUCUAUCGAUGCCUAUCCCAGGAUGAACAAAAUGUGUAUGAAAUGGCAGAAGAAUUGAGUGUGGAAUCAAAUAACUGCUCCAGCUCUCCACCACCUAUACAUGAAAGAGAUGAGAACUCUAUGGAAUGGAACAAUGAAAAUGUACAUGAUGACUGUGAAGACAGUUUAUCCCACUGCGAUGAUUUCGGAAAUGCUUUACAAGACAAACAACGUGAUUUCCUCCAGAGACAAAUGGGCAACCAAUCAGGCAGCUUGUACACAGAAGAGAGGCCAAUUGUGUCAGAAAUAAAGCAGAGAAAGAAAUCAUUUGAAGAAUUCGUAGAAGAGCAGAUGAGACUGGAAGAACAGCGACAAAAUGAUCAGCAAAAGGUGGCUGGUGUACAGACCAAGAAUAAAACCGUGGUGAAAAGACCUUUUCUUAGAAGAGGGGAAGGACUUGUUAGGUUUAGUAAUGCUAAUAAAGCUAAAUCUCAGGAGAGCAAACCCCAAAUAAAAGUCCAAGACGCAGCAGAUCCUACUAAACCAGAUCCUUCUAAACCAGACAAGCGACCACUUCAGAGAAAAGUUGCACCAGUCACCAAAGAACAAAUGGCUGAAAUUAGCCCAUGUGUGGAUAGAAAGUCAUGUUCUAGUGGUACAGGCAAAUUCGAACCCGCUAUGAAGAAAUCUGUUCUUAAAAACCAUAACCUCAAAAAUAGCCUCUCUUUAUCGAUACAUAAACCAGAGAGUAUAUCUACUGAAGAUGUCAAAAGUCUCAAAACUGGCUUGAGAAAGAAUUUAAUCAUGGAGAAUAAAGAAAACAAUGAGAAUCUAAUGCCACUCGAGGCAAGCAGGACAGGAGUGGGGAAACAAAAGACCAUGAUGUCCACUCCGCAGUAUGACGCCAAUAACAAAAAAACCGAGGAUUUCUCUUUUGAGGUCUCCUUUCAUAAGCGACGAGUAAUCUGGGAAAAGGAGAGACAAAAAGAAAACUUUGAAUUGGAUGAGUUUUUGCUUCUAGAACAGGCAGCCGAGGAAAUAUCUUUCUCCAGCAAUUCAUCAUUUGUUCAGAAACUAGUUAAUGAAAAUUACCAGCCCGAUAACAGCAAUCGCAGAUUGUCCUCUACUCCUGUUAAAUCUCCACACGGGCAGCCGGCAGAUGUGGGCAGCAACACGGAACACGUUACAGUUCAGAGAAGGAAAGACGCAGCUGCUGCAUUGAAACAUAUUUCUUCUGUUGCCCCAACCGAUGAAACUGAUGAUCACUAUAGCAAAGCUGCCUGCAAGAUACUCCCACCUACCGCGAGAGAAGUGAAACCAGCAGUAAUUGUUAGUGAAGAUGACCUUGAAUCUUCAGAAGAUGAAAGUGAUACACGUGGAGAUGACAAUGGUUUAGAAGUGACUAGAAUUAGUAGGGACAAUGGCUUUCUAUCAGAAGAGCCUUGUGAAGAUAUGAGCAAGGCCACCAAAGCCAGAGACUUUGACUUGGACUUAACAGAUGGAGAAGAUUAUGAUGAAUCAACACUUUUAGAAGGAAAGGAUAAAGUUGCUUCCUUAGAGGAAGAUGAUAACACUCCAUCACUAAACACCAGUCUAAUGGAUUUUGAUGAUGAGAAGACCUGGGCAGAUCUAGAAGAUGUGGAGAAUCAACCACACGUUCCUCAAGGAAAUGGCAAAGAGUUUAUUCCUUCAGACUAUACCAGCAAAAGCCCAGUCCAUGUCAUAGACAAGGCCGUUAAGAGAAAGGUGGCAUCUAAAAAAGGGGAUGAUCUAAAAUCAACGGCACCUUCUGAUCAUUCAGGCACUCCUCCAACUUCUGAUCUGGUGAUGAAAUUAUUUCCAGCACUGAAGCCUAAACCAAAGAAUGAAGGCCACUUGGCAUGCAAGUCUGUGCCAGAGCAAGAAGAAGCAGAUAGUGUUCGCUCUCGGCUUUUAAGGGAAAAACUAGUCGAACUGGAAACCGAGAUAGAAAGAUUUAAAAUCGAAAAUGCUGCCCUCGUGAAACGUCGUGAAGAUCAGGAAAAAGCAAUGGAGACUUUACGGAAAGACGUGGCUGCCUUUGAACAGCAAAAAUCGUUGGAGUUGGCAAAGUUUGAAGAAUUUAAAAAAGAAGAAAUGAAGAAACUACUAAAAGAACGCAAAGUGUUUGAGAAGUAUGCUAGCGCAGCAAGAGCUGCUCCAGACAAAAAAGAACGUGAAGAAAUCCAGUCCUUAAAGCAACAGGUGGCCGACUUGCAAGAGGACUUAAAAAGAAAGGAGGCUAAAUGGUCAACCACUCACGGUCGUCUCAGAAAUCAGAUCGAUGCCUUAUCCAAAGAGAACACGGAGCUCAAGGAGGAAAUCCAAUUCAUCGAGAAAGUGCGAUUGGACAACUGGAAAAAAGCGGAAGCCGUGGAAAACAAGAAUAAGGAAACCACAAAGGCGGUUGAAAGUCACGGAGUGCAAUCCAGGAGAUUAGACUGUGUGAGUCCCCAAAACACAAGAAGGAUCCAGAACUCCCUGUCCUCUCAAACAGAAAAAAACACCAAGGUUUUCCGCAGAAGCCAGUCACCACCUAAAGGAAAACCUGUGAAAAACGGCAAGCCGAGCCCCCCAAGCAGUGCUGGGAAAACCGAAACGGUGCAAGCAAACAAGGCAGAGUCUGCAGGAAUUGUGUUGAUGGCUUCCGACAGUGUGACACAGCAUGAGCUGAAACACCCAAUCCCUGUUAAUGGUGGAAAUGAGGAGGGUGUUCAAGGAGAGAUAACUUACUCAGAUGGAAAGGUCGAGAGAAUUCUCCGAAACGGCUGCCACGUCAUUAUGUUUCCUAAUGGGACCCGCAAGGAAGUGAGCGUUGAUGGCAAGUCUACGACUGUAACGUUUUUUAAUGGAGAUGUGAAGCAAGUGCUGGGAGAUCAGAGAAUAAUUUACUAUUAUGCGGAAGACCAAACUACACAUACGACUUAUCCAGAUGGGCUUGAAAUACUUCAGUUUUCCAAUGGACAAAUAGAAAAACAUUUUCCCGACGGAAGGAAAGAGAUAACAUUCCCAGACCAGACGAUCAAAAACCUGUAUAGAGAUGGGAGAGAAGAGAGUAUACUGCCAGACGGGACAAUAAUCACCAUGCACCUGGAUGGAAGUAAAGUAAUAGAAUUUGACAAUGGGCAGCGGGAAGUUCACACGACACAAUACAAAAGAAGAGAAUAUCCCGAUGGGACGGUGAAGACUGUGUAUAGCAAUGGGCAGACUGAAACCAAAUACGCCUCAGGAAGACUUCGAGUUAAAGAUAAGGAGGGUAACGUUGUGAUGGACACUAAACCGGAACAGUAAAAUGUGACACAAAUGUGAAUGAGGCCCCGCUUCAUUAACAAACACUUGGUGCAUUAAACAAGUCAUGUGACAGCAGAAAUGGCUGGAUUUCCAUGAUAAAGGAUUCGCGUUUACUUGUCGUCUAAUCGUUUUGAAGUGAUAUUGAAGCAAUUGUUUGUUUUACUGUAUAUAUGUGUUUGUACUAGCUGCACAGACAUGUACAUGUAUUGUACAUAUGAAAUGUAGAUAUGCCUUCUAGGAAUUUUUACCAUAGAAUUAGAGAACAGUAAUUUAUUUUGAAUUAAAGUAAUUACAUCAUAAAAA